AUGGCCACUACCGAUGCUCCCGUGCCGACCGCGACUGCAGACGCUGGUCUCGGCUCCGUCGUCGUCGACUGCGACUCAGGCAAUGAUUAUGAUGGCCGCAUGGGAUUGCGCAUUUCUGCUGUCUUUGUCAUCCUCAUCGGCUCCUUGCUAGGCACUCUCUUGCCCAUUUUUCUAGCACGAUCCAGUCGCUUGAGGGUUCCCAAGCUCGCCUUCUUCAUUGCGAAGUAUUUUGGUUCUGGUGUCAUCGUCGCUACCGCCUUUAUUCACUUGCUUGCGCCUGCCAACGAGGCUUUGGGUUCACCAUGCUUCCCCGACGACAGCGCCGUCACGGCCUAUUCUUGGCCAGAGGGAAUCUGUCUAAUGACCAUCUUCGUCAUGUUCCUCAUUGAACUGGUCGCGAGUCGUUAUGAUUUCAACAUUCAAGGUGUGAAGGCUCAUGAUCCCGCCAUGGACCUCAUUGCGGGUAGCAAGAAGGAGCAAGAUGAGGAGAUGACAGAUCGGCCUAUUGACUCUACAGCCUCCAAUGCUGCUGCGCCAGCUCCUGCUGGUGGCUUCACUGGAGAUGUGUCUUACCCGCCCGGUGGAGAGGAUCAUCUGGGGCACAAGCGCGAGCAUUUCGAUGCUGACUCCUUUGCGAUGCAAAUGACUGCGCUUUUCAUUCUAGAAUUCGGCGUCAUCUUCCAUUCAAUCUUCAUCGGCCUAACUCUUGCCGUUUCCGGCGACGAGUUCACUGUUCUGUACAUUGUGCUUGUUUUCCAUCAGACUUUCGAGGGUCUCGGUCUAGGCUCUCGACUCGCAGUUGCGCUCUGGCCUACUGGCAAGGGCUGGAUGCCGUAUGUCCUCGGCUGCGCUUACGCACUUUCCACUCCUAUCGCGAUCGCAGCAGGUCUUGGAGUCCGCCAGUCCCUCCAACCCGGCAGUUUGACGACACUCACGGUCAAUGGUGUCUUUGACUCCAUUUCUGCUGGCAUUCUCGUCUACACCGGACUGGUCGAGCUUAUGGCACAUGAGUUCAUGUUCAACAACGAGAUGCGAAGAAGCAACAUCGGGAUGACUCUCGCCGCUUACGCAGUCAUGGCUCUUGGCGCCGGCCUGAUGGCACUACUUGGUAAAUGGGCAUAG